AUGGGUGAUAAUUAUUUCAAUGGGACCCUAGACGACUUUUAUGAUGACCCGACCUUCUGGGAUCUUGCGCAGUCUGCCCUAUCUUUGGGUUCACCACCACCUUUUGGCCAAGCGCCUGCUCCUCAAGCUCGGCCGUCCCAUGGAAUACCGCCACUAGGCGUUGGGGCUCAAUCCCAAAGCAAUUCUCGAGCCUAUUCUUCUGCUUUGGGGGAUGUUUGGCAACAAAACGGCCCAUCGCUUGAUGUUUUCGGCGGUGGCUUCGCUGCAGGGCCCACUCAGGCCGCUUCAAUGUCCGCUCAUAGGCUGCCGCAGGCAGCCUCUUGGCGUCCCGAGCCUAUUCGCCUCAGUGCAUCAUCGGGAAAUCCAGAAACCCAUGCCUUGCAGCGGAACGCGUCCGUGCACCACAUUGGUUCAUUCACCACAACUUCAACACCGCGCCACCCCACCACAUUCUCUUCCUCCGUUCCUGCUCACAGCAUUUCAAGCCAGCGCCAGAACCCCAGCGGAUCCUCAGUUCUCAACAGCGCUUCUUCGGUCCUUAACCAGCGCCUGAAUAUACCUUCGUCCUGGACAAACAGCAACCAAACAAACCAAGAUUUCAAUCUCCCAGGUGUCGCUGGUCUCGCCGACCAGCCCACGGCCCGGACGGCGAUUGCGACGGCCAACGAUCACAGUCUCAGCACUCCCAUACCCGCGAUGUCAUCGAACCCGCGCCGCGGGGGUGCCCGCUCCGCCGAUGCGACCGCGCCAUUAACCCCCGCACAACCCACCCAGUCGGCCGGUCCCACAACGAGAACCCCCCGCCGGAGCGCGUCUCGAGCUGCCCAGGCUGGACCGUCGAAGCGCAAGCGUGAAGACGAUCUCGACGACCUUUUUGGUGACGGGGAUUUACCGGGUAACCCGGUCGUUGAUUUGGUCGACAAGGAAGAGAUCCCCGCUGAGAUCCUCCAGGCCCAAGAAGAAAAGAAAAACUAUGUUAAGCUGAGCACCUUUGAUUGUGUUAUCUGUAUGGAUAAUGCCAAAACUCUCACGGUAACUCAUUGCGGCCAUAUGUUCUGUGCCGAAUGCCUCGAUACCGCACUCAACAUGCAGAACGUUAGGCGUGUCUGCCCCAUCUGCCGUCAAAAGAUUGAUGAGCCUCCUAACACGGGUAAAUUCAGCCAGAGGGCAAAGGGCUUCUACCAUCUCGAGUUGAAACUAGUGACAAAACCGAGGACGCAAGCACAACCUUCGCAGCCGUCACAAGUCACAUCAUAG